AUGUUUGAUCAUAAUGGUAAAGAAUAUGCGUUCGAUCUUCGAUAUACAUUUUUGGAAGUGUAUGAUCGUGCCAGACGACAUAUGUAUCAUUGCACAAGUAACACUACUAAUCCUAUACCUACAUGUGGAUCACAUGGUCUAACACAACGUACAAGAAGUUUAAGUGGCUCUGUGAAUUCUGUUAUACAUGGUGAUAACAUUUCAACAAGUAGCUUAGAAGCUAUCCACAAGACUGAAGAUUCUCGAGGAAAGCAAGACUCAUCAAGCCUGGCUGAAUCAGUCGUUAGUGUUGAGGAAGUUCAAGAGAUAGUGCAGGAAACUUUGCGUGAAGUAGCACUCUGUCGUGUUUGUAUGGACCAACCAAUAUCACGUGUUUUCUUUCCAUGUGGUCAUACAAUAUGCUGCAGCAUAUGCGCCGAUCGUGUAGAUCAAUGUCCUGUGUGUCGUAAAAGUAUUGAAAUCAGGCAUCCAUGCUAUUUACCUUGGAAUACAGAAUCAAAUAGUGAAGAGGUUUGUCUUCUUCCUAGCUGUACAUUUAAAGAUGUAAGUGAUCGAUUUAAGUCUCAUAGACACUCACGUCACCAUAAAAACAAUACCACAUUAGAUUCAGCUUUGCAUGAAACAGCAUCAGCACCUUCCUGUCAAUUAUCAUCUUUUAUCCAUGAAAUUUCAAAAACAUCUGAUCGUUCAAGUAGCCUUAAUCAGUCCACACCAACUAGUGUUCCUCAUUUAUCCAUCAGCAAUCAAUCCGAUGUCACUUUCUUUUCAAGAGCAUCUUCAUCAAUAUCCGAUCAAAAGCCUGCUUCAACCUCAGGAAAUUCGGUUCCUUUACUAGUUACAUCUUCAAACAAUCCUAGAAGUCAUGAAGCCGAGAAAUCUGUUAGUACUACGCGUCGUGUUACAUGGCAAACAGAAGAUUAGCGAUGCUCAAUAGUACUUAUGCAUUAUACAUUAUGCACAAUAUUUGUAUAAAUUAUUUUAUUUUUCGGUGAUAUCAAAGAAAACCAUUCACAAUAACCUGAAUUUGUUUCCAAAUAAAGACUCACUUUUAUUCCUAUU